AUGAACAAAAAACAGUUUCUCAUGCCAACAGCACAAGGAUCUGUGUCGAAUCCUUCUGAUAAAGAGGAUGGUACUUGUCAGGUGAGGAUGUUAUUUGAUUCUUGCUCUCAAAGAUCGUACUUGAGUAAGUCGGUAAAAAAGUCCUUGAAUUUAUUACCGAUUGGCAAGGAAACAAUUUUAAUUAACACUUUUGGAAAUGAAGGCCAAAUUCUAGAAGCUGAACUAGUACAAUUAGUGGUUCAUUGUUUUAAUGGUGAAAGGGUUGUCAUAACUGCUUAUUGUGUUGAUCAUGUGUGUGAACCUAUUAUAAAUCAAAACAUUGCGUUUGCUUAUGGAAAAUAUGAGCAUUUGAGUCGGUUGCCACUAGCAGAUCAAUCUGAUAACAACGAUUCUUUGGAAAUUCAAUUGCUGAUUGGAUUAGAUCAUUAUUGGUCCUUAAUCGAUGGUCAAGUCACACGGGGGGAAAUGGGAGAUGGACCCAUUGCAAUGAAAAGCAAACUAGGUUACGUACUUUCUGGCCCUGUUGACAUGCCUCCUAGUUAUGCAAAUGAUCAUCGGUUCUCGACCCAUUUAACCGAGUCACACAUUCUCAAGGCGGAGUGUUUAGUAGUCAAUAGUGACAGUGAAGUAAAUGAACAAAUUCAUAAAUUCUGGGACUAUGAAAGUAUAGGCGUAAAAUCAGAAUCACCAGCAUUCUGUGAUAAUUACAUGGAAAAUGAAAUUGAGUAUAAUGGGCGGCGUUAUGAAGCAAAAUUGCCGUUUAAACCCGAACACGUGCCUAUUUCAGACACUUUUCUGUUAUGCAAAAACAGGUUGCAUUCAGUUUUGAAACGGUUAAGGAACAAACCAACAAUCUUAAACGAGUACGAUAAGGUUAUUCACGAUCAGUUAAAGGAAGGUGUUGUUGAAAUAGUUGACAAGACUUUGGAUAUCGAACAAAAUUAUGAACCGGGUCAAGUAACAUAUCUUCCACAUCAUGUAGUACUAAAAGAAGAUAGAACCACGACAAAAUUGCGCAUAGUUUAUGACGCUAGCUGUAAAAGAUCAGGGGAAGUUAGCCUUAAUGACUGUUUAAUACAAGGCCCAUCAUUAACGCCAAUGAUUUUGGAUAUGUUACUACGUUUCUGA